AUGUGGAAACCAGGAACGAAGGGUCCUGGAGCGACCAUUGAGCGAGCCGUCGACGAGAAAUGCGACGUCAUCGUCAACAAGAUGAAACAUCUGCCCAUAUCGGUUCAGAGAAAGAAGCUUCCUAUCUAUAAGAAUCGCUCGCACAUCUUGUACCUCCUCGAGAACUACAGGACGAUCAUCGUUGUUGGGGAGACAGGCAGCGGCAAGAGCACACAAAUCCCUCAGUAUCUUUUCGAAGCAGGGUGGGCGGAUGGAGGAAGGGUUGUGAUCUGCACGCAGCCGCGUCGAGUUGCGGCGACAACCCUCGCUGCAAGGGUGGCGCAAGAGAUGGGCGUAGAGCUGGGGAAGGAGUGCGGGUACUCGAUACGGUUUGACAACAUGACGGAUCACUUCAGGACGAGGGUGAAGUUCAUGACAGACGGGAUCUUGCUGCGCGAGAUGAUGAGCGAUCCACUACUGAGCAGGUACUCUGUGAUCAUGGUGGACGAGGCGCACGAACGAGGGAUCUACUCGGAUAUUGCGAUCGGGCUCCUGAAGAAGAUCCAGAGGAAACGAAAGGACCUUCGCAUCAUCGUCUCUUCAGCCACCCUCGACGCCGAGGCCUUCAAGAACUUCUUCCAAGGCGACAAGCCCGAGCCAGGUCCUCCUCCCUUCAAGGACGGGAAGCUGGGGCGUGUCACGGUGAUGUCGAUGGAGGCCGGGCGGAUCUAUCCCGUGGACGUCCAUUACCUCUCCGAUCCCUGUCAGGACUACGUCAAGGUCUGCGUUGAGACGGUGAACGCCAUUCAUGCUCGCGAGCCUCCGGGUGACAUCCUGGUGUUCUUGACGGGAGCAGAGGAGGUGAACUACGUGAUCUCAGCUCUUCAUGCUGAACCUGUGGAGGGGGCUCACGGCCUCACGAUCUCCGCCUGCCCCCUGUACGCCGCGCUGGCUGUCGAGCGACAGAUGGAGGCGUUUGCGGAUACCCCGGCCGGGAUCAGGAAAGUUGUUGUGGCGACAAACAUCGCGGAGACUUCGGUGACCAUUCCUGGGAUCGUUUAUGUGUUGGACUGCAUGUUUGUGAAAAUCAAGUCGUAUAAUGCGAAGCUCGGGGUAGACUACCUGACUGUGAUGCCUGUCUCCGCUGCGAGUGCCGUGCAGCGAUCAGGGAGAGCAGGGCGUGUGCGGUCAGGAAAGGCCUACAGAAUGUGCACAGAGAAAGAUUUCAGGUCACUGCCAGUAGCUUCCAUACCCGAGAUGCAGAGGUCGGACUUAGUAGCUGUUAUCCUGCAGCUCAAGGCGCUUGGGGUCGACGACGUUCUUCAUUUCGACUUCCCGUCUCCUCCUCCGGCGCUGAGCCUGGCAAGAGCGCUCGAAAUCCUCUACGCACUGGGGGCCCUUGACGACGAUGCGAAACUAACGGAGCCGCUGGGGCUGCAGAUGGCUGAGUUUCCCUUGGAGCCUCCCCUUGCAAAAUUUCUGCUCUCUUCGGGCAAGGGAGGAUGCUCGGAAGAAGCGCUCACCAUCGCCGCCAUGUUCUCAGUUCAGAAUGUCUUCGUACAAGAUGGCGCGGCAGAUGAAAAGAGCGCCAGGCGUCAUUAUGCCGUGCGGGAAGGCGAUCAAUUGACGCUAGUCAAUGUUUACAACGCCUUCGAGUCAAGCAAGCGAAGUCAACAGUGGUGUCAAGCUCGGCGCGUCAACUACAGGUCGAUGACAAGAGCGUGCGAGACGCGGAAGCAGCUGGCUGCCUACGUCUCCAAGCUCGGAGUUCCUCUCGUCUCCUGCGGGAGAGAAUCGGAGGUCCUGCGUCGAUGCAUUGCCGGCGCAUUCUUCUGCAAUGCUGCUAAGCUAGAGGCGGACGGUGCGUACAAGACGAUCCGUGGGGAGCAGCGCGUUCAGAUACAUCCUGUCUCUGUCAUGCACCAGCGAGGGGCACAAUGGGUGCUCUACCACGAGCUGAUAGUUACCACGAAGCCAUACAUCAUCGGCGUCUGCUCCAUCGAACCGCACUGGCUGAGUGAAGUUGCUCCUCAUUUCUACCGCUUCAAGCCUCCCAAAGGCGGUGGUACGCCGGACGUCGAAGGCCAACCUCCCGCGAAGCAGAUGAGGAAGACUUGA